GAGGCGUCGCUUGUCCUCGGUUCACUCUGUUGAAACAUCCAACAUGUCUCCGAUUAAGGACUUUCGCAUUAGUUUUGAACCUCUCAACAACCAGGGCACCGUGUCAGAUGGAGACACCAUAGUAGGCGCAGUUACUUUUACUUUAACUAAAGAAACCAAAGUGAAGCGUCUGAAACUCAAAGCCAAAGGGGGUGCGAGGGUCCACUGGUCUGAAGGAUCUGGAGACAGGAGGAGGUCUCACACUGCAGUCAGGACCUAUUUCAAAGUCAAACUGGAUCUGAUUCCAGAAAAUUCAGACUCUACUGUCCUUACCGAAGGAACCCACUGUUUCAAGUACGCGCUUCAAAUACCAACAGGGAACAUGCCACCACCCUUCAAGAGUUACUACGGGAAUAUUUAUUAUGUGCUUGAAGCAAAGAUCUCCAGGAGCUGGCACCUUCCAAGUAUAGUCCAAAUGGAUCUAAAUUUUGUUCCUCGGUCUUCUCCAUACUUUGGCCAGAUAAAGUGUCCACAGGUUGGUUCAGUGGGUAAAGAGGUCGGUGUUUUCUCCAAAGGGCAGGUCCACAUUGAGGCUACUGUUAACAAAAACAUUUGCUAUCCAGGAGAAACCUUGUCUGUUGUGGCCAAAAUCAGAAACUCCUCUUCCAAAGAGAUGGUCUCCAAAUUCAGUUUGCAGAAGAGAAUCGUGUACCGUGCAGGUGGCUCUCAUAAAUACAGUCAUGAAAAUCUGGGCAAGUUGGUUGGAAACACCAUCACACCGAACUCCGAGCAAACUGUCUCCUGCCCAAUAACAGUUCCUGCUAAUGCUGGUUACUCUCUCUUCAACUGUGAUAUCAUCACGGUCGAGUAUCACCUAAAGGUAUAUGUGGACAUCAGUUUUGCAUUUGACCCAGAAGUCGUGUUUCCACUCAUCAUCGUCCCUCCUAGCCUUGCUGCCAGUCUGUUCAAUGAGGCUGGGGGUCCCUAUCCAGCGGGGGCUGCCAUGGGACCAAGCUACAGUGACUUUCCGGCCCCUACCCCUGCUUUCCCUGGAUCCUCUCCCAUACCUGCAGGUCCAGGUGCUUACGGUUACCCAGCACCAAUUCCUAAUCAACAUGCAGGCGUAACAAGCGGCUUUAACAAUCAGAUGCCGCAGCAACCCACUCAGUAUGGUUUUCCAGCUGCCCCUUUCCCAUUCUAUUCAGGGCAGCCUCAAACCCCCAAUGCUCCUCCCCAGUUUUCUCAAGGAGAAGAUCCUCCAUCCUACACAGCCCUUUACCCCCCCAUCACCACCCCAGCCAGUGGGACAGGGUAUGAUCAAAAAAGCUGAGUCCCAGAGAAUAGUUCAGCUCAAAGUGUGUGAAAUAUCUGUCUUCAGAGUUUUCUCCUAUGUAUGUUUCUCCUAUUAUGCAUUUCACUCAGGUAUUUUAAGAUUUUCUUGUAGAUGAGGCUGAUGUUAAGGACAGAAACCAAGGAUAUAGGCAAGGCAAAGCAAGGCAGGUUUAUUUAUAUUGCACAUUUCAUGUACAAGACAAUUCAAAGUGCUUUACAUAAAACAUUAAAAACAUUACAGCAGGGAAGUGAUGAAAAGUAUGGGCAUGAGAAAAAAAAACCAA